AAGCACAAAUGUUGGCUACAACUAACUUAUUAACCUGAAUUUAGAAGGAACUGCUACAGGUGUUGCUGAAAUUCUGCGCGUGGCACGGUUAACCUUUGAUUUGCAUUACGCGGUGACGAGGAAGUCAGUUUGCAAAAGAUCAGAAUCGGGAGAAGAGAAAAUAAAGUUUGAGUUUGCGGAAGAUCAGAAUCAGGAGAAUUUUUUAAAAAAGUUCCCAAGCAAGGCAAGCUUCGCGAUGGCCUCUAUCGGUAACGCUGUUUCCAGUCCAAUGGUGAUAUUGGCCCCAAAAACCAAAACCAAAAAGAAACAUUUUGUGCAGCAGAAGGUGAAGGUAUUUCGUGCCAGUGACCCAGUCUUGAGCGUUUUUAUGUGGGGUGUAAACCAUUCGAUAAAUGACCUAAACCAAGUGCCUGUUCCUGUCAUGCUAUUGCCUGAUGACUUCAAAGCCAACACUAAGAUCAAAGUCAACAACCACUUCUUCAACAAAGAGAAUCUACCAGGACAUUUCAAGUUUAAAGAAUACUGCCCUCAGGUGUUCCGGAAUCUUAGGGAGCGCUUCGGAAUUGAGGAUCUCGACUACCAGGUCUCUUUGACCCGUAGCCCUCCUGUAAGAGGUGGGGACGCCCAGGGGGAGGGGAUCCUCCUGACCUCCUAUGACCGCACGCUGGUCAUUAAGCAGAUCUCUAGUGAGGACGUGGCAGACAUGCACGGCAUCCUGUCUGAAUACCACCAGCACAUAGUGAAGUGUCACGGCAGCACUCUGCUGCCCCAGUUCCUGGGGAUGUACCGUGUGGGUGUAGAGAAUGAGGAGACCUACCUGAUCGUCAUGAGGAACAUGUUCAGCCACAGACUGGUGGUGCACAGGAAGUACGACCUUAAGGGCUCUCUGGUGUCUCGUGAAGCAAGUGACAAAGAGCGGGUGAAAGAGCUGCCCACCUACAAGGACAUGGACUUCAGAAACAACAUGCAGAAGGUGUAUGUGAACGAGGAGCAGAAGGAGAAGGUCAUGGAGAAACUCAACAGAGAUGUGGAGUUUCUUGUCAAGCUAAAGAUUAUGGACUACAGCCUGCUCCUGGGUAUCCAUGACUUGGGGCGGGCUGAGCGGGAAGAGGAGGAGGGAGAGGAACCCUCUAUUGAGGAGGAUGGGGAGACUGAGAAUGGCCUGAUGCAGGUCCCUAACGCGUGCUCCUACAGCACGUCUCCUGAGGGCAUCGCUGGCUACAUGGCCUCCUGCAAGCCCCUGGGGCCCGGGGAGUUUGACCCCUAUGUGGAUGUGUAUGCCAUAAGGAGUGCCCCUGGAGCCCCUCAGAAGGAGGUGUACUUCAUGGGUCUGAUAGACGUUCUAACACAGUACGACACCAAGAAGAAAGCCGCUCACGCAGCCAAAACUGUCAAGCAUGGGGUGAGUGAAAAGGGCGAAGGGAUGAGAUACUCAGUGCAUACUGUAAUGUUAACCUUUAUUUAG